AUGGUGGCCAAGGCAACCCUGGUUCACCACUCUCCUCACUCAGUCCAGACAACUUCCACUUGUUCCUCAUCUGUUAACACAACACAACGGGAUAGUCCGACACCCGGACCUACUCUCGCUGAAACUAACAGCGUGGUGCUUCCGAUAGAUCUGAAUUUUCUGUCGGCUCCGUUGCCAUCCCGAUCGAUGCAAACAACUCCUCCCUCGGAACUGUCAAGGUCCGUUUUGGGACCGACAGUGUUAUCCUCGGAUAUCCAGGCAAUUCUCGAAUCUGCACUACGACCUUCCACACGCAAAUCGUAUUCAGCAAAGUGGAGAAAAUUCUCUUCCUUUGUCAAUGCCUGUUCCUUCUCUCUGGAGUUGACUUCGAUCGAGAAUAUUUUGCAAUUUCUAUUCAACCUUCAUCGCUCGGGACUCAAGCCUUCAUCUAUAAAGAUCUAUACGGCUGCUAUCUUGCAUUUUCGUGGCAGCAUCCAUGGAUCAUCUGUUUUUUCUCAACCCCUGAUUCGCCGUUUCCUUAAAGGGCUACAAAAUUUGCACCCAUCGGUUCAACCUGUUAUGCCGGCGUGGAGUCUUUUUGUUGUAGUUCAGGCCCUUACAAAACCUCCAUUUGAACCUUUGGCAACAGUGGAUUUACGCCUAGUUUCAUGGAAAACUGCCUUCCUUGUUGCAGUUACUUCAGCCAGAAGAGCUAGUGAACUGUGUGCUCCACGUAUAGACCCACCGUUCUUGAACUUUCACAAGGAAAAGGUCGUUCUCCGAAUGGACUCCGAGUUUCUUCCCAAGGUGGCUACACCGUUUCAUUUGAACCAAGACAUCGUCCUCCCUGCGUUUUUUCCAUCUCUGUAGACUCCAAUUGAGUGCUCUCUCCAUACGCUGGAUCUUAGGCGCUGUCUAGCCUUUUACAGUUCUCGCACAGAAGCGUUCAAGAAUUCCAAUAGACUUUUUGCCAAGUAUGCUGCUCAUGACAAGGGCUCUCCAGUCUCAUCUCAGCAACUGUCCAAAUGGAUCAUGCAGACCAUAAUCCUAGCAUAUCAAUUGGCAAAACUUGACUUACCCUCACUUCCGAGGGGGCAUUCUACGCGAGCAGUAGCAACUUCAUUGGCCUUUGCUGCAGGG